UGUUAACUGACGCAAAGUAUAUUCAUUGAGUGAUGAUACCAAGCUAAGCAAGCAAGGAAGGAACAACUUCCCUCACACGAUCAUGUCAACCGAUAUAAGAUGGGAGUUUUGGUUCCUCUUCUAUUUUAUUUUAUAUUUGAAAAGAAACUUAUGCAUUUUUUGAGAAUAAAAUAAUCCACCAAAAUUUAUUGAACAGUUAAAUGGAGGAAGAAACUAACAGGCAGGAAAGAUGGAUGCAAACUACUAAUGAAUUGUUAGGUGCUGUACGUAAGGAAACAUGUCAACCUUAUAGCAUACCCGUUGUUCCAGACGAACUUCGCAAAUCGAAUGAGACUGCUUACAUGCCAAAAGUUGUUUCCAUUGGACCCCUAUACAAAGGUAAGAAGGAGCUAUUACCAAUGGAAGAGAUCAAAUGGCGCUGCCUUACAUCUCUUCUAAGUCGAACAUUUGGGCAAGAUACAAUUGCAACUUGUUUGGAUACAGUUAUAAAAUCAGAUGCAGCUGUUCGCGCAAGCUACGUUGAUGAAAUCGCACUGGACAGGUAUGAUCUGGCCACAACUAUGGUAUUUGAUGGGUGUUUUCUGUUAGAACUUAUCAUCUGUGAAUCAAAGUUGGAUUCAGAAAUACCAAUUCCAUUUAAUGGCAUUAGUCCCGGGAUAGAGGUUAAAAAGAUGGAGUAUGUCAUAAGUGAUCUGAUGCUACCGGACAAUCAGAUACCAAUUUUUAUUCUCGAAAAAUUAUUUGAAAAGGUUCUUGGUUCCUCUAACCAAAUGCGUGAGUUCAUACAAAAUCUAGCUUUGCCUCUCUUCGGCUACUCAGGGAAAUUGAUGGUUAAAUCCACCUCUCACUUCCUUGAUGUUGCUUACUCCUACCUUGAAAUGGGAUGGAUGGGUGAGAUUGAAGUGAAUCUAAGUUCAGUUGCUACUGAAACCAAUCUGCAAGAGAAACAUUUGAGUCGCUGUGCUACAAGACUCAAAGCUGCCGGUAUUACCAUCCAAAGUCUGCAAAAUGAUGACAAUAUAAACUUUAAACUUACCACUCAUUUCAACAAAAGUAAAGGGAUACUAAAAAUCCCAAGGCUAAUUAUCACGCAGACAACAGAAGUAAAAUGGCGCAGUUUCAUUGCUUGGGAGCAUCAGAAGAAUAAAUUGAAGACUAGAUCUUUUUUAGUUGCUGACAGACUUAGUAUAUGCACUUUCUCUGCCUUGCUUUUCAGGGAUUUGAUAUGCUGUUCAGGUGAUGUUCAACUGCUCAAAGACAGGAGAGUCAUAGAAGACCAUACCAACACGAGCAAUCGCGAUCUGGUGGCUUUUUUCCAUUCAAUGGCAAGUGGAGCUGACCACGGCAUUAUUGAUCAGCAGCUCACCACCAUGUUUAAUGCCUUGAACGCAUUUCCCACAAAUAAUUACCUCACCAAAAUCUACAUAUUACCGAGACAUUAUUUUAGCAAAAUAUCAGAUUGGUGCUACAGUUUUUACCAAUAUUUAAAGACCGGUUACAUCUUUUCUGCUUACUUCUUAAGUUUUCUCACUUUUGUCCAGACUUGUUACACUAUCAUCGCCUACCACUUUCCCAAACGAUAGAGUUAAUUAAACACCAGUGAUGAAAUGAAGAACCGAAAGAUCCAAAUUAGAACAUGAAGCUCUUCAACAUCAACACAUGUUCAACAAAAGGGAAAUCAUCACAAGUCGGCGAAUGUAUCUUUGUAAUUUCGUGUAUCUAGGAUUUGUGGAGAACAUACAAGUCAUUAGGUAGUUUGAGAAAUUUUCAUAAAUAAUCGUCAAUGUCUAUGUAAAUAUAAAUAUGUAAUCACAAAAUAAAACGAAGAUAUUUAAAAAAUUUAUCUCAACCUUUAUCCUUUC